AUGUGCGAGCAUUGCGUCCAACAGUGCACAUCGCGUCGUCAUCUCUCCAACCACCGCCGUUACUGUGCUGACAACCCCAACAAGGUCAAGUCCAAGAAAGUGCGCCUAGAAGCUGAUGCGCCUGGGGGGAUUUGCCACAAGUGCAACAGGAAAUUCAAGAAGCGAAACGCGCUCUACACUGAAGAGCUAGCGUACGUGUACCACGAAGACGGCGUGGAUGACGAGGUCGAGCACAGUGAUAUCAUUGAGGAGGAGAGCGAUGAUGAUUUCUACGUAGAUAAUGAUGAUGCGGUCGACGCUGAGAGCGACGACGAAAGUGAGGACGCAAGCGAAGAAGAAGUCGAGGAAGAGGAGGGUGGGGAGGUGGGAGAAGCAGAAAGCGCGGAGGAGAGCGAGUGGGAGAGUGAGGCGGAGAGUGCACAGGACAACUGCAUUCGCAGGAAAACAAUAUGCCGCAUUAGCACCAAGUUGCACAUCCACAUCCACAACUUCCAUCGACUUCCUCGUCGGCUUCACGUAGAUUCGAGGUGUAGCUUUAGAAACGACAAGUACAAAAUUGCUGGAGCCGUCGAAGGAUGGAGUCUCAACGAGCAGUUGCUGUCGGCGCAAAGCUGUCGCGCGCCGUCGAAGCCUGCUGCUAGCGGUAGAUGUUUCAUGGAAUGCAGCACCCGACACGCUCUCCAUUCGACAACAAACUUGAAGUUGACCAAGCAAAGACCCCAUUAG